AGGAGGAGGAGGAGGAUCUCUUCCCCAUAACUUUACUUUGCCCUUUGCGGGAGAUGAGAUUCAGCCUCCGUCGAGAGACGACCUGGGAACGGGGGAGGAAACUUUGUGAGCACGCUGUGAAAUCUGCUGAAUUCAGGAUUAUCUGCGGGUCAUGGACGGUUUCAUCUAGUUGGAGUUUUUUGCAGAUUCCCGGGUUGUGCGCCUGCAGCAGAGCGGACCGCGCAGUGCGACUGAAGGAAACCAUAUCUGGUCAAAGUAUUCGUUGCUGUCACCCAGCGGGACUGUCCGGCUAUAAAUAGCGCUGGAGGAGGUCUCUUCUCUUUCCCAGGAGCGCUGCUACAGGCACUUGGCUGCCUUUGCUGUUAUUUUACCCCUGAGCUGGGGAUCAUUGAGGCUUCUGAUCUCCUACAUUUUGUCUUUCUUAUUUGCAGGGGUGAUUGAGGUGUGCUGUCCAUCAUGUCGGUGUUGAGGAAGGAGAUGGAGAAGUACAGGGACAUAGACGAGGACGAGCUGCUGAAGAAACUGUCAGAGGAAGAGCUGAAGCGAUUAGAGGAUGAAUUAGAGGAGCUGGAUCCUGAUAAUGCAUUGUUGCCAGCUGGGAUGCGGCAGAAGGACCAGACCAAGAAAGCUCCGACAGGAACGUUUCAGAGAGACAACCUGCUGGCCCAUCUGGAGAAACAGGCCAAAGAGCAUCCUGACCAAGAAGACCCGGUGCCCUUCACAGGGGAGAAGAGAGGGAAAGCCUGGGUGCCUAAAAAGAUUGUGGACCCCAUCAUGGAGAAUGUGACUCUGGAGCCGGAGCUAGAAGAAGCCCUGGCUAGUGCUUCUGAUGCUGAACUCUGUGAUAUUGCAGCCAUCCUGGGUAUGCACACCCUGAUGAGUAACCAGCAGUACUAUGAGGCCCUGGCCAGCAGCACCAUAGUCAACAAGCAAGGCCUCAACAGUGUGAUCCAGUGUACCCAGUAUAAAGCAGUCCCUGAUGAAGAGCCCAACUCCACUGACGUAGAAGAGACCCUGUUGAGAAUGAAGAGUAACGACCCUGACCUGGUGGAGGUUAACCUCAACAACAUCAAGAACAUCCCCAUCAGGACUCUGAAAGCAUACGCUGAGGCUCUGAUGAAGAACACUGUGGUGGAGAGGUUUAGUAUUGUAGGAACCAGGAGCAACGACCCUGUAGCAUUUGCCCUGGCAGAGAUGUUAAAGGUGAACACGACGCUGAAGAGCCUGAACGUUGAGUCCAACUUCAUUACAGGGACUGGAGUCCUGUCCCUCAUAGAGUCACUGCAGUAUAACACCACACUACACGAGCUCAAGAUAGACAAUCAGAGCCAGCCGUUAGGCAACAAGGUGGAGAUGGAGAUAGCCAGCAUGCUGGAGAAAAACACCACGCUGUUGAAGUUUGGAUAUCAUUUCACCCAGCAGGGCCCGCGCCUCAGAGGCUCCAAUGCCAUGAUGAACAACAACGACCUGGGUGGGUUACAGACACACACACAGACUCUUUUUACACCUGCUUUGAGAAACUGAUUUGGGAAUGUGAGAAAAGUUCAUGAGCUGGACUUAAACAGAUUAACAUUUCUAGUAAAUAUUGUAUUAUAAUCACCUCACAGUGCUUUUAAGUGAGUUGUGUUACUUGUACACAGUAUUUCAGUAGUAUUGCAUUUGGCAGUGUUGGUUGUUACGUGCGUCAGUGCUGACACUUUAUCUUCACUAUAUCUCCUUGGGGUCUACUUUAAUCAGACUGUAAUAGAAGAAUAAGAGUGAUAUCAUCGGCCGGUAACUCUGUAGUACGGCCAGAAAGCCCCAGCCAAUCAAAACAGUUGCUUCCUAAGUUAUGAUAUCAGCACUAAGAAAAGAUUAAUGAGCAUGUGCAUGAGAGCUAGAAACAAAAUGAAACUGGUGGAAGAAAAGGUUCUUGCUAUGUACAUGCACAAAUUACUACAGUGAUUUACUUGCUGUCUUUGUACCAAAGAGUUGAGUCAACUCCUUUCUGACAGUCUUAAACAUUUGACCUCAUAUCAUCAGCUUUACAAAAUUAGUACUUGUUAAGUUUGUGUGUGGGUGCAGUUUUAGGUGUAGAGAGUGAGGAUAAAUGUGAAGCGAUCAUCUGCAUCUCCACCAAAGGUCAGAACAGGAUUGAGUUGAAGUUCAGAAGUAUGGUUACAUUUGCAUAUCUGUUAAUAGGCUGUUUUGGUUUAGAUGGUUUUAUAGUCUGCUCAUAUUGUAUCACAAACCACUUGAAGUUACAGUAUGUGCCAUGAUCUUGUCUUAACGUUUUCCUUCCCCUCGUCAUC